AAAAAAACAGUACGCAUUUCCGGUUUCGUGCUCACGUGCACAAAGUGAAACAUGCCGGUAGAUACUAAACGUAUCCGUGGACCGGAGUUAUCACAAUCUCCUUUAUUAUUUGUUUCUCCGGUUUCUGAAGUCAGCAGCAGCAGCAGCAGCAGCAGGCAGGGCGUGCGAGGAAACGGUGAUGUUCGCCCGGUAUUCGCGCGCUGCGGACUCGUGAGCCAGGCCAAGGGUUCUGCGUACCUCGAGGCCGGCAACACGAAGAUCAUCUGCUCGGUGUACGGUCCGCGCGAAACGGAGCGCAAGGACGAGACCGACAUGAAAAGCGGGCGCCUCGUAUGCGACUUCCGCCUGGCGCCGUUCUCCUGCCCGAAGCGCGGUGCGUGGAUCCAGGGCGCCGAGGAGCGCGACCUGUCCGCGGCGCUGGCCGAGAGCCUGCAACCCGGCGCGUGCCUGCACCGCUACCCGCGCGCCCAGGUCGACGUGAACGUCGUGGUGCUGGAGAACGACGGCUCCGUCCUGGCGCACGCGGUCACGUGCGCGUCCAUGGCGCUCGCGGACGCCGGCAUCGAGAUGUACGACAUGGUGCUGGGCUGCGCACUGAGGCAGGACGGAGAGCGGUGCCUCGUGGACCCCGACCUGGCGGAGGAGCAGAGCGGCGCGGGGGAGAACCAGGGCCGCGUCGCGGUGGCGCUUCUCCCCAACCUGAACCAGAUUUCCGGGCUGCAGGCGGACGGCGAGAUGCGCGAGGACACGUUAACGGCGGCCGUCAGGACGUGCGUGGAGGGCUGCCACAAGCUGUACCCGGUGGUGCAACAAGCCAUACUGCGGGCAGUUAAAAAGAAAGCACCACCUCCACCUGAGAAAUAAGACUGUUUGUUUUUCUCUUUCUCAAACUACAUGCAUCACUUUCCUAGCGUUUCAACCCUGAUAGAUUUGCAGCAGUUAUGAAAUAUUAAAUGACAUUUAUCACA